CCAGUGGAGACGUGCAGUUUGGUUUCACUUUUGUCUUUUCCUUCAGUUCUUUGAUUUGAGUUGGGGAACGACUCCUUUUUUAUCGGCUGAGUGUUCCAAGUUGAAGGACUGUAAACCAAACGUAUGGCUGCUGAGGUAGAUUCUGUGUCUCAGAGUGCUGUGAGACUGAAGCAGGAGCUCUCUCUCCUUCAUGGUGUUUGUAUCAUUGUGGGCAACAUGAUCGGCUCUGGCAUCUUCAUCUCGCCAAAGGGGGUUCUGAUCUACACAGGCUCAUUUGGCUUGUCACUGGUCGUGUGGGCCGUUGGAGGUGUGUUUUCGGUGUUUGGGGCGUUAUGCUUUGCUGAGUUGGGCACAACUAUCCGUAAAUCUGGAGCCUCCUAUGCCUACAUCCUGGAGUCCUUUGGAGGCUUCUUGGCUUUUAUUCAACUGUGGACAUCGUUGCUGAUUGUAUGGCCAGCAGAUCAGGCAGUGAAGGCGCUGACUUUCUCCAUCUACCUUGUCCAGCCCUUCUACCCAACCUGUCCUGUCCCUUAUGAUACCGUCCGUCUCAUCGCCGUUGCUAUCAUUUGUCUGCUGACCAGUGUGAACUGUAUAAAAGUUAAAUGGGGAGCUGUUCUUCAGGUCAUCUCCACCGUACCCAAAGUUCUGGCUCUGAUCGUCAUUGUCAUGACAGGCCUGGUUAAGCUCGCACAAGGUUGUGACCAGAAUUUUGAGGACUCAUUCAGAGGCUCUAAGCUGGAUGCCGGUAACAUUUCCUUGGCUCUGUACUCUGCACUCUAUUCUUACUCUGGCUGGGACACUCUCAACUUCAUCACAGAGGAGCUCAAGAACCCAGAGAGAAAUCUGCCGCUGUCCAUCGCCAUUUCCAUGCCCGUUGUCAUGGUGAUCUACAUCCUGACCAACAUGGCUUACUAUGUGGUCAUGGAUGUGGACAAAGUGAUCAGCAGUGAUGCUGUUGCUGUUACAUUUGCAGAUGAGGUAUUGGGCUGGGGUCGCUGGCUGAUCCCUCUGUCUGUGGCCAUUUCCUGCUAUGGGGGCCUUAACUCCUCCAUCAUCGCUGCCUCCAGGUUGUAUUUUGUUGGUUCUAGAGAAGGUCAUCUACCUAAUGUCCUGUCCAUGAUCCAUGUUCGGCGCUUCACCCCAAUUCCUGCCCUGCUUUUUAAUGGUGCCAUAUCACUGAUCUACCUCUGUGUUGAAGAUGUUUUCCAGUUGAUAAAUUACUGCAGUUUUGACUACUGGUUGUUCGUUGGCCUGUCGGUUGCCAGCCAGAUCUACCUUCGCAUAAAAGCACCUGAAAUGCCGCGACCUGUGAAGCUGUCUUUGUUUUUUCCAGUGGUCUUCUGUCUGUGCAGCAUUUUCCUGGUGGUUGUACCUCUCUACAGUGACACCACAAACUCUUUGAUAGGAAUUGCUGUGGCACUGUCUGGGGUACCAGUCUAUUACGUCUACGUCUAUCUGCCGCCCACUUCCAGACCAACCAUCCUCGGCAAAAUCCUCAAUACAAUCUCUCUCUUCACUCAGAAGUUGUUUCUGUGCUGUGUGACCUCACCUGACUUUGACCUGGACAACGUAAACCCUGAAAAAACUGAAUGAUGGAGCUGCCAAACAUAGCCAGGGUGAAGUACGAUACUGGCAGAGAGGAACGUGACAAAACUUCUGUUUUACUGUUUUGUCGUUUUUCCGUGAUACACACUGAUAAUGGAGCAGCCGUUUACUGCCAUAGACUGUGAAACACAUCCACAUAUUAUGUUGUGCAGUGUUUGCUGUGUAGUGGCACCGACACGUGCUUUUGUGCACUACGUGUCACAUGCACACACAAACUGGACACAGUCUGUGUUGAAGAGUGAGGAAAGACACCCAGACAACCCAGAAGAAGUUAUAGGCUUCUGUGGCUGUGAUUGGAGAUAUU